AUAUCUAUAGUACCUAUAUCCCACGCCCCACACAGAAUACAGUUAUUUAAGCGCUUGUUUUGUAUUCUGAUUUCCAGAUCUUUUUCGAAAUGCUUACUUUAAUUUUCGCGGCUAUUGUAGUUACCGUAACGUACCUUUACGUUAAAUACGACAAAACGUAUCAUUACUGGAAAAAAAGGGGUGUGGCUCAGUUAAAUCCCAUACCAAUUUAUGGCGACACGAAGAAAUGUCUAGAAGGCAAGAUUUCAGAGCCUGAAGAUGCUUUGAACAUGUACAAGAAAUUUAAGGAAAUGGGAGUUUCUCAUGGAGGUGUAUACGUUGGAAACAGACCCGUAUGGAUGCCAUUAGAUCCUGAGCUCGUCAAGACUGUCACUACAAAAGACUAUGACUAUUUUGAUGGUCAUUUUGCAAAUAUACCAAAGAGACUGUUUUUUAAUAAUUUAUUUCAUAUGACUGGAAACGAUUGGAAAGAUAUGAGGAGGAAAAUGACGCCUGUGUUUACAACAGGAAAAAUGAAGGUAAUGUUAGAUACCUUAUUAGAAAAAGCAGACAGUUUGUCCAAGUUGAUUGAUAAAGUUGCCCAAACUUCCAAACCAGUCGAGAUUAAAGGAAUCAUUGCUAGGUUCACGACAGAUGUUAUAGGAAGUUGUGGAUUUGGAAUCGAAUGCAAUUCUAUAGAGGAUGAAACGUCCGAAUUUUUCGUAAAAGGCCAAGAAAUAUUCCGAAAAACUAGCACAGAAAUUUCAUUUUUUAAAAAACUUCUAUUGAUACUUGGUUUGGUUCAAAGAGCGAUGCCCAUGGACUUUUCUGGAAUAGAAAAUUUCUUUAGAAAAGUUAUUAAAGCUACCGUAACCUACAGAGAAGAAAACAAAGUGAUCAGAAAGGACUUUAUUCAUCUCAUGAUUCAGUUAAAAAACAAAGGCGCAAUUACAGAGUUUACCAAUGAAAAUGAUGACAUUUACAAAAAAACUGUCAAAGGAGACGGUAUAUCAUUUGAAGAUCUUGUGGGGGAAGUUCUCCUCUUUUUCUCAGCCGGAUAUGAAACAUCUUCAACAACAAUGUCGUUCGCGUUACUUGAACUUACUCAACAUCAAGAUAUUCAGGAUAAAUUAAGAGAAGAAAUAAGAGAAGUGUUGCAAAGACAUAAUGGUAAAAUGUCGUACGAUGCGCUUCAGGAAAUGAUUUAUUGCGAAUCUGUUAUUAAAGAGACUCUACGUAUGUAUCCACCUUUAGCUAUUCUCCCCAGAACGUGCACCAAAAACUAUAAAAUCCCGAACUCUGAUGUCGUUAUUGAAAAGGGUACAUCUUUAAAAAUACCAGUGUGGGGAAUUCACAAUGAUCCAGAUUACUUCCCUAAUCCAACUGAAUUUAAUCCUGAUAGAUUUAGUCCUGAAAAUAAACACAAAAUUAAUCCGUAUACUUAUAUACCGUUCGGAGAUGGUCCAAGACAAUGUUUAGGUUUAAGAUUUGCAAUGAUGGAAUCAAAAGUAGGAUUGGCAGUACUUUUAAGAAAUUAUAGGUACACGCUUCAUUCAAGUACUCCAUACCCUCCCAAAUAUGUUACGAACAAUUUUAUUCCCACAGUUGAUGGAGGAAUUAUGGUGAAUGUAACAAAUGUCAAUUAAUUUAUUAGGUAUUUGUAAAAGCUUUUUUUGUAUUGAAUUAAUAAAGAAUGUAGUUAAAAAAUGAAUAAAUAAUAAGAGUUAA